AUGGCGGCGCUUGCUUCGCUUUUCCUGAAAUUCCUUCUGCAAAGUUCGGUGGGUCAACCCAUUCCGGAUGGAUUGCUGACGGAACCCAUCAGGGACUUGCCUCAACUGGAACUUUGGAUCCGCGAGGGCAAACAGCAACAAGAUGCGGAUAAUCCGUAUGUCCAGUGGUUCCUACGUCGAUCGCAAAAGCCCUUGUGUGUCGUGGCGUACGAGGAGAAUCAGGAUUGGAUUGGGGACCCAUUCGGGAGGGAUAACCUGGCGAUGGUGAUGAGUUUAAGCCAUCUGACUUCCAAUCGCGGACCAGCUGCGCCUAAUCAGAGAGCGGGUGUAUUCUUUUAUAUACUAGAAGACCAGACGCGGGACUUGUCCCUCGAGGAACAACUUCUCUUGGAGAAUUGCUGCCGUACUUUGUGGAUGAUGCACAAAAUAUAUAAUCGCUUCUUUUUAACCGGACAGAGUGUUUGGAUCUAUAAUCCCUUCCAGCGUCGUGGCUUGGCCUUUGGACGAUUAGUUCGAUAUUUUGGAACGGAACCCUUGAAUAAACUGCUUUUUCACGACAUGGGUGGCUAUCCAAUGCGGAUUCAGAUGUUUAAAUCAGUGUAUACGCGACCGGAAGUGGACAAGGAGACUGGCUUGCUGGUGGGUAUUACAGGAGCGGACUUCCUUGUGGCCCAAAUGCUCAGAGAGCGACUGAAUUUUACCAUGUUAUUACAGCAGCCCGAUAAAAAUUACUUUGGAGAGCGCAAUUCCAAUGGAACAUACAAUGGCGCCAUAGGAUCGAUCAUCAACGAUGGCCUGGAUAUCUGUCUUACGGGAUUCUUCGUCAAGGAUUACCUUGUGCAGCAGUACAUGGACUUUACCGUGGCCGUCUACGACGACGAGUUAUGCAUAUAUGUUCCAAAAGCGAGCAGAAUUCCACAAUCGAUUCUCCCGAUCUUUGCUGUGGGCUAUGACAUUUGGCUGGGAUUCGUUUUGACCGCAUUCGGCUGCGCCUUGAUUUGGCUAACUCUGAGGGCUAUCAAUCUGAAGCUUAGGAUUGUGCAUCUUCGGAAUCGGCGCUUGCUGAAACAGGCCCUGGACAUAGUGGUUGACACCUGGGUAGUUUGGGUCCGGGUUAAUCUAUCUCAUUUGCCGGCGAGCUACGCAGAAAGGAUGUUUAUCGGUUCCCUGUGCCUGGUCAGUGUGAUUUUCGGUGCCAUUUUCGAGUCCAGUCUGGCCACAGUCUACAUACAUCCAUUGUACUACAAGGAUAUAAAUACCAUGCAGGAGCUGGACGACAGUGGCCUGAAGGUGGUCUACAAAUACACAUCCAUGGCGGAUGAUUUAUUUUUCAGCGAGACCUCCCCGCUGUUUGCCAGUCUUAAUAGUAAGUUAACCUGGAACCGCAACCUCCACGCCGAUGUAAUCGAAGAGGUAGCAAACUAUCGCGUCCAGGCCGGGGUCUCCAGAUAUACGUCUCUGGUGCUCGAGUCCUCUCGCUUCAUAUUGCUCCGCCAGAUUUGGGUGGUUCCAGAGUGUCCCAAAUAUUAUACGAUUUCGUAUGUGAUGCCCAGGGACUCUCCAUGGGAGAAUGCUGUGAAUGCCCUGCUCCUGAGGCUUUUGAGCACGGGCUUUAUUGUUAAAUGGAUACAAGAUGAGAAAUCAAGGGUCGACAUUAAGAUGCGACUCAGUAUCCUAGAGGCUGAGUCUGAGUCGGAUCUCCUUCGGGUCUUAACUAUUCGAGAUCUUCAGCUGGCGUUCUAUGUGGUUCUUGGGGGAAAUCUGCUCGCCUUUUUUGGCUUCAUUGCAGAGCGAAAACUAUUUAGAAAGUAAGGUUAACUUUAACUUUAACUUUAACUGCUGCUUAUCAUAAUUUCAAGGGGAUAUAUAAAUAUGUGAACGGUCAAAACUUUUUACCGUGAAUUUUUUUGUAGGAAAUAGUCAAGCAAUCAUCAUGAAACUUUGAAGAUAGUUACAAAUUGAAUCGGAGAUAAUAAAAAAAAAGUGUUACUUAUAAACAA